ACUUCCCCACUUUUUCUUUAACAAAAAAGGCGAAAUGGCAAGAACUAAACAAACCGCUCGUAAAUCUACUGGAGGCAAAGCUCCCAGAAAGCAGCUGGCCACUAAGGCUGCCCGUAAGAGCGCCCCGGCCACCGGCGGCGUGAAGAAGCCUCACCGUUACAGGCCCGGUACCGUGGCUCUGAGAGAGAUCCGUCGUUACCAGAAAUCCACCGAGCUGCUUGAUCCGCAAGCUGCCCUUCCAGCGCCUGGUCAGAGAGAUCGCUCAGGACUUCAAGACCGACCUGCGCUUCCAGAGCUCCGCCGUCAUGGCUCUGCAGGAGGCCAGCGAGGCUUAUCUGGUCGGUCUGUUCGAGGACACCAACCUGUGCGCCAUCCACGCUAA